GGAAGAUUUGAUAAAAAAAAAAAAAAAUGGAGGUAAAACACGGAUCAGCAGAGGUAGAGAUCGGCGAGAAAGAUGAAGCGAAGAAGAAGAAGAAGAAGGAUCUCGAGUUUUUGAGCUGUAUGAUGCAGCCGACAACAUCGGAAUCAGAUCCACAGUACGUCGGAAUCCGCCGGCUUCUUCUCCAUCGGAAAGCUGAAUCUGGUGCUAUCUCUCGCCGUUAUGAUUGGAGAUGCAAUGGGAAAGGAUAUGUUGCGUAUCGUAAUUUCAUUAGUAGACCUAGGAAAUGGGAGAAUCAGCGAACGCCUAGUCUCUUAAGUAGUCCAGGGAACAGUGGUCGAUGGUUACCUUCUACGGGUCCUCUCUCCCAUCAGUUUGAAGCUGAAAGCUUUACUUCUAGUAGGGAUUUACGGAGUGUCAAUCAGGUUUCAAGUCGCAGAGCGAGUUUUAGCUCGAGUUUGAGUGAUGGUGAUAGUUCAUAUCGUCGUGGUGGUGUUGAACAUGCUUAUUCUUUUGUUGGAAUGCAUUCCAUCUUCGAUCAAUGCAAAUCUUCUGUUACUGUUCUCAAGUUUGGCCAUAUGAGUUCGGAUCUACUUGCGUAUGGAGCAUCAGAUGGAAGCUUGACAGUUUGCAGUCUCUCGGAAGAGCCUUCUGUCCUCAAGCAGUUGACAGGACACUCGAAAGAUGUCACAGAUUUUGACUUCUCGUCAAACAAUCAAUACAUCGCGUCAUCAUCGCUUGAUAAGACAAUACGAGUAUGGGAGUUGUCAAGAGGCGUUUGUAUUAGAGUUAUAUAUGGAAUCUCCCCACAGUUUUGUAUCCGUUUCCACCCUGUCAAUAAUAAUUUCCUCUCCGCUGGCAAUGCAAACAAGGAACUCACGGUGUUUAAUUUCAGCACUGGGAGAAUUAUUAAAAAAUUGAUGUUCGACGAUGAGGUGACAUCUAUGGACCAUGAUCACACUGGCCAAAUCAUUUUCUGUGGGGAUGGGCAGGGAACGGUGUAUUCAGUGAGCAUGGAUUCACAUACAGGUUCAUUAUCCCGGUCUCAUCGCCAUCGUACUAAUCACAAAUCCCCUGUCACAACUGUGAAGUACCGAAGCUUCUCCCUACUGGCAUCAGGUCCUGUUCUGCUCACAUGUACUCAGGACGGAAACUUGUGUUUCUUUAGUGUUGCCCUUCAGAUAAAAGGUUAUCUAACUUUGCGUUGCUCCCUCAAACUAGCCCCGCGAAUACACAGAAUCCAAGCAUCGUUUUGCCCGCUAUUAUCCCUAGAGAAAGGAGAAUACAUAGUUGCUGGGAGCGAAGACUCGAAUGUCUACUUCUAUGAUCUAACCAAACCGAAGCACACGUGUGUAAACAAGCUACAGGGUCACAGGUUUCCAGUCAUGUGUGUUGCGUGGAACCAUGGAGAGGACUUGUUGGCCUCGUCUGAUUUCUACGGUGUUGUUAUUGUAUGGAAAAGAGCAAAGAAAAGCUCAUAAGGUUUGUCUAUAAUAUUUAUAAAUGAAUCUUAAAACCCGCCAUUUUUUGCCACAAAGGCUUUGGGGUUUUGCUUCAUCUCUCUGUAUUGCUAAUCACAAACUGUGUCAAUUUAGUUUUAAGUUUGUUUUCUUUUC